UAAGAAACAGACGGAAGACAUCAGCAGCGUCUAUGAGAUCCGGGAGAAGCUUGGCUCAGGCGCCUUCUCGGAGGUGGUGCUGGCUCAGGAGCGGGGCUCCGAACACCUCGUCGCCCUCAAGUGCAUCCCCAAGAAGGCCCUGCGUGGCAAGGAGGCCCUGGUGGAGAACGAGAUCGCAGUGCUCCGCAGGGUCAGUCACCCCAACAUCGUGGCUCUGGAGGACGUCCACGAGAGCCCGUCCCACCUCUACCUGGCCAUGGAGCUGUGAGCGGCGGGUGGGCCAUGGGGGGCAGCGGGGCUGGAGCCUGGGCUGGCUGCCCGGGUCAGCUGAGCCCCUUACUGCCCCCAGGGUGACAGGCGGCGAGCUGUUUGACCGCAUCAUGGAGCGUGGCUCCUACACAGAGAAGGAUGCCAGCCACCUGGUGGGGCAGGUCCUCGGCGCUGUCUCCUACCUGCAUGGCCUGGGCAUUGUGCACCGGGACCUGAAGCCUGAAAACCUCCUCUACGCCACACCCUUUGAGGACUCCAAGAUUAUGGUCUCCGACUUUGGCCUCUCCAAAAUCCAGGCUGGCAACAUGCUCAGCACUGCCUGCGGGACCCCGGGAUAUGUGGCCCCGGAGCUCUUGGAGCAGAAACCCUACGGGAAGGCCGUAGAUGUGUGGGCCCUGGGUGUCAUCUCCUACAUUCUGCUGUGUGGGUACCCUCCCUUCUACGACGAGAGCGACCCUGAACUCUUCAGCCAGAUACUGAGGGCCAGCUACGAGUUUGACUCUCCUUUUUGGGACGACAUCUCGGAAUCUGCCAAAGACUUCAUCCGGCACCUUCUGGAACGAGAUCCCCAGAAGCGGUUCACCUGCCAACAGGCCUUACAGCAUCUUUGGAUCUCUGGGGACGCGGCCUUCGACAAGGACAUCCUGGGCUCAGUCAGCGAGCAGAUCCAGAGGAACUUUGCCCGGACUCACUGGAAGCGAGCGUUCAACGCCACCGCGUUCCUGCGCCACAUCCGUAAGCUGGGGCACGGCCCAGAGACCGAGGAGGCCUCUGAGCAGGGCAGGGCCCGCCACAGCCACCCAGGCCUCCGGGCUGGCCAGGCCCCCCAGUGGUGAUGCCCAGGCAGAUCCAAGGCCAAGUGGACUCACCCCCAGAUUUCCUUCCCUUGGGGCCUUUCGGUGCCCUCCCCUCAGCCCCUCACCGGGGUUGGCCUCUGCUGGAGUUUGAGUUGUGUGAUGUGGUGCAUGGCGCUGGGGCGGCAGUGGGACACCCCCGUCCGCCCGCAGGCUCUGCCCUGCCCUGGGGCAGUGGCCCCCCACCCCUGUGGCCGCGAUGAGGCGUCGGCAGGCCGGCUUCGGGGGCCGUCCUCCCCGCACGCUGUUCCUUGCUUCGCUGCCUGUGGGCGGUCCUGCUUGUGCUUGGCCCUCCAGCCUCCUCCAGUUCUCCCCCAAAAUAAAGACAGA